CCGGUGUCUUUUGACAUCCUCGACACCAAGUUCGACAUGAUUCUAGGCAUGUCUUGGUUGCGUAGCGCCGACCGCCCGGUGAACUUCCACAACCGCACCGUUCACAUUCAUGAUCGGAACGGUGAGCUGGUCCUGUGUACGGUCCUGCCCCCUCACACUUCGACUGGUUGCCACGUGGUCUCCACAGCGAGGAUUCGCGACACUAUUACUCGGAACGACAUCGACGAGAUAGGAAUAUGCUUUUUGCAUACGAUCCCUCCGAUGGACAGACCGACGACAUCGCCGUCGGACCCACGUAUUAUUCAACUCUUAGACAGUUAUGGAGACGUCUUUGCAGCUCCCGCCGGAACGGUCCCGGAUUGGCCCAUACGUCACGGAAUUACUCUUCAGGACUGUGCCGUCCCUCCACGCGGAUGUAUUUACAGGAUGAACGUAGAGGAACUCGAGGUGCUUCGCGCACAACUUGAUGACCUCUUGGACAAGGGCUGGAUUCGCCCGAGUUGUUCGCCCUAUGGUGCCCCGGUUCUCUUCGUUCGGAAGAAGAACAAGGACCUCCGGUUGUGCAUAGAUUAUCGAAAACUCAACGUACAAAUGGUGAAGAACGUCGGCCCUCUCCCUCUGAUUGAUAAUCUCCUUGAGAGGUUGGGCGGCGCCACGUACUUCUCAAAGUUGGAUUUGAAGUCGGGUUACCACCAUAUUGAAAUCCAGCCCCAGGAUCUGUACAAGACCGCCUUCAAAACGCGGUAUGGGCAUUUUGAGUGGAUCGUUAUGCCAUUUGGCCUCACCAAUGCCCCGACAACCUUCCAAGCAGCUAUGACGACCGAGUUUCGAGACCUACUCAACUGCACCGUACUCAUUUACCUCGAUGACAUCUUGGUUUAUCGUCGGACGUUCGACGAGCAUCUCGAACACCUUCGCAUUGUUCACAAAAGGCUUCGCACGGCCAAGUAUAAAGCAAAUCGCGACAAGUGCGAAUUCGCGUAGCAAGAGUUGGAGUACUUGGGCCACUAUGUUAAGCCGCAAGGCAUUCAUCCCUUAGCCGACAAGAUCCAAGC